AUGAUUAGGAGGAUACUUAGCUGUAAGAUAAGAAGACAUCCACAUCCCAGCCACCAAUGGAUCGGAAUAGUCAUUGAUCCGUCAAAACAACGGAUCUCAACACCCCAAGCUUCUCAACAAGCGUCUGUUCGGCAUCAACAGCCAGCCCAACAACAACCAGUUGUAUCUGGAUCUUCUCGACAGCAGUCUCUUGAGCACCAAAGGCAACCAAAAGAGCAACAACCGGCUGGGCAGCAAUCUCUUCAACAGACACCGCGUCCGCAGGAGCUGCAGGAGCCCUCCUCUCUGCCCCCCGUACCUCCCAAGCAACCGCAGGAUCCCAUACCAGCUGAAGAGCCCAAGCCGAAGGGUUUCAUACAGCAGCUCACGGGCCUCUUUCAGCAGAUACCUCAGCAGCUGCCAAGUCUGUAUCAAAAGAAGGACACAAAUGCCAACAUUGCGCGCUCGGAGUCGCAUUCCACCUGGUGGAACCCAGACGAGACGGAAGUCGUAUGCCAGGACUCGAUAUCAUGUCGCGGGUCCAAAGGGGGAUCCAGGAUAUUCAUGGAGGAGGAAGAGCCCAGCGCUUCAGAUCGGUACAUGGCAAAGAAGAAGGGUGUGCCAGUCUCGACCAUAGUAGCGGCCCGUCAUAAACCAGCGCAAGAACCAAGUCUCCCUCGUUCCACAUCUGAGAGGGCAACAGGGGUUCGCCCAGAGCCGGCACCUGCCACCACCGAGACUGCUCACACACGCAAUUCUCUGGUGCCUGUGGCUCAGGUUCUGUCUCUGGACCAUGAGCGAUGGGUCCAAGAUGUGAUGACGCUUGCAUGGGCGAUCAGAGUCAUGCGAAUCACGACCUUUGCCUCUAGACGACCAUCGCAGAGGGAGGAAGGCCGGGACCCGGCCGUGGCCUGGAUCUGGCCACAAGACAACACUGAAUACAGUGAUGAGCGACCGUUCGUUGGAUCACCCGACGAAGCGGAUGCUCUUGAUACCCUCGGAGUCGACGAAGCCCCGUUGACGACUCAUUCCCACACAGUGACAUGGGGCGAGUUUGGUCUGGACACCAAUUCAGAUGGGUCCAACCUCCGACGCGAUAGGCGUUCCCAAGGGAACAACCGUCGCCCUCGUCAGCCUGUUCAGCGGACCUUGUCACCGACGCCUGAACCACGUACCCCCGAGAGGGUACCUGUGAGAGCUCUUCCGGCAGCUCCACGUCGCGACCGGCAUGCCCGGCCUGCCCCUUACCCCCGGCAGCCUAGCCCUCUGCUUCGGCAGGCACGUCCCCCUGCCCGCCGAGACCCAUUCUCCGAAGACCCAGAACCUCCCGCUCCGAGACGACGGUUUCGGAUUCCCUCGCCACUGACCCCGCCCCCGCCCCUGCCACCUAGGCAACCGGCGGACAUCAUCGACCUUGUGGGGGAGGAUGACGAGGCGAUUGACCAUGUGGAGGAGGAGGGGGUGGUUGACCCUGUGGUGGAGGAGGAGGAGGAGGUAGCGGCUGGGGAGGUCGAUGGGAUGGCUGAUCAGGACCCGGCCAUCACCAAUGGCUUCCUUGAACCUGGGCCGUCGCAGCCACCGGUCGAGACCAGGGACUCCCUAAUACAACGGCUUGAAGAGCUUCGAGCCCGCCGUGAUCCCCUCAUGGAGGAGCUCGAUAGCAUCACCCAGGAAAUUUCAGAUGUACAAGCACAGCUUGAGGGCUGGGACAACUGA